UAAGUGUGAUAUAUCAUCAAUAACUCAUAGUAAAUUUUGCACGUUGUGUUACAGAAAUUAACAAAGAUACAAAAAUGGUUGAUUAGGUGCAAAAUGAGAAAGAAAAGAAAGAUAGUAUUCCUAUGCCUGAUUUUGGUAUGGUUUUGUGGAACUAUUUAUAUCUUCUGGGACAGUCUGCUGGGAAAGCCAGGAACCACACAUACAAAGUAUGAUAUAAAGACUCUAGGUUUAAAGAGAUAUAUCAAUAGUUAUAAUGAAGAAGAUGUACAGGAACCAGUUAGAAGACAUGGUUUUAAUAUACUAGUCAGUAAUAAAAUACCACCAGAUAGAACAAUACCUGAUGCUAGAAGUCCAAAGUGUUUAUCACAUUUUUCUGGCAUUCCGCAAUUUUUACCAACCACAAGUAUUAUUAUAGUCUUUUAUAAUGAAGCUAGAUCGGCAUUACUUAGAACUAUAGUCAGUAUAUUAAAAAGAACUCCAGAAUUUUUAUUAGAAGAAAUUUUAUUAAUAGAUGAUUUUAGUGAAAAUAUUGAAGAUGGUAGUGCAUUAGUCAAUCUACCAAAAAUCAAACUAGUCAGAAACCAAAAUAGAGAGGGUUUAAUCCGAUCUCGUGUUAAAGGAGCUAAGCUAGCUAAAGGUAGAAUCCUAACUUUCUUAGAUAGUCAUUGUGAAGUAAAUAUAGGCUGGUUACCACCUUUAAUACAACGUUUAUCUCAGGAACCAAGAUCUGUUGUUACUCCUGUCAUUGAUCCUAUAGAUAAAGAUUCUUUUGAUUAUGAAAAAUUGACAGAAAUUCUGCGAGGAGGUUUUGAUUGGAGUUUAAAUUUUCGAUGGGAAGAACAACCCAUUGAUAUCAGGAAAAAAGAUGAAAUACAACCAGUCAGGACGCCUGUGAUGUCAGGAAGCGCUUUUAGUGUUCAAAAAGAUUAUUUUAUGAGUAUGGGAAGUUUAGAUACAAAAAUGGAUAUCUGGGGUGGGGAAAAUUUUGAGUUAUCAUUUAGAAUAUGGAUGUGUGGUGGUUCUAUUAAUAUUAUACCAUGUAGUAGAGUGGGACAUAUUCUACGUAAAAAACAUCCUUAUAGAUUUCCUGAUGGUAAUGUUAAUACUUAUCUUAGAAAUACUCGUCGUGUAGCUGAAAUGUGGAUGGAUGAAUACAAGAGAUUUUUCUAUGCUGCCAGACCGUCAUCUAGAAUGCAGACAUAUGGAGAUUUAUCAGAACGAAGAAAUUUAAGAAUUAAGUUAAAAUGUCAGAAUUUCCGUUGGUAUUUAGAACAUAUUUAUCCUCAAUUACAGUUACCAGUAAGUGAUGAGUUAGCCUAUGGUCACGUCAAACAAGGUGAUUACUGUCUUGACCUUGACCCUGGACAACUUCCUGUCAUUACUAAAAUUAGAUUAUGUAGUGAAAGUAAAGAAGCCCAGGACUGGUCAUGGAGGCGUAAAGGUAUUAUAGUUAGUAAUGGUAUGUGUUUAACAUCUGAUCCCCUAGUAACACAUCUCUAUGUUGUGGUACAGUUCUGUAACUAUGGUGAUAAUCAGAGAUGGUACCGUCAUGAGAAGCAGAUAGUACAUGAAUCUAGUGGAAUGUGUAUUGAUAGCUAUAUGGCUAAUAAAGGGCUUGUUUUAGCUGAUUGUGAUAAUUCUUUAGAUUCUCAACACUGGCAGUUAUCAGUUGAAAAUUCGGCCAGUUUAGAAAAAGAUUACUUAGAUAAUACUUAAAAUGAAAACAGGACAAGAUGGAGCCUCUGUGUGAACAAAAUUGUUUUUUUACGUUCAUCUGAACAAAGGGACAUCUCUGUGUGAACAAUUUAUUUUAAACAUCAUCUGAACAAAGAAUAUAAGAAAAGUACAU